AUGGAACCUUUUCAGCAUCAGAGACAAAUUCAGCAAUAUAGAAGGAAACUUGGAAUGCCUUAUGCUAAUUCCAACUGUAAUGGAAAAAUCUGGUUCUUUGUGCAACACAAUGUUGAUGUUGAGGUUUUAUUAGAUACUGAGCAAUCUAUUACUGUCAAGUUGAAUUUUCAAAAUUUCAAUAAAGAUAUGGUGGUUACAAUGGUGGAGCAUUUGUCAAGGACUGGUUCUGAUCAUGCACCACUACUGGUAUCAUGUGGAGAUCAAGUGCAAAAAUUUGUAAAACCAUUCAGGUUUCUCAAAUUCUGGGUGGAACAUGAUACUUUUCUUGAUUUGGUUAAGCAACAAUGGGAAACAACUUUAUCAGAUGAUGUAUUUCUGUCAUUUAAACUCAAGAUGAAGAAACUGAAAACAACUUUAAGUACAUGGAGUAAGGCUACUUUUGGUGACAUUUUUAAACAACUUGUUAUUAGAGAAGAAAUAGUGAAUAUUAAGGAGCAGUUGUUUGAGGCAGAUCCAUCUGAAGAAAAUAGAAUGGUCAUGCAGAGGGCACAAGCAGAACUCAAGCUGUAUCUUCAUUAUGAGGAGGAAUUCUGGAGACAAAAGGCCAGGAUAGAUUGUUUUUCUGAAGGUGAUAAGAACACUAGAUAUUUCCAUAGCCUGGUAAAAGGUAGAAGAAAAAGAAUUCACAUUAGGAGGAUUAAAGAUGAUGCUGGUAACUGGCUUGAGGAUGUUGAUAGUGUUGCUGCUCAAGCUGUCAACUUUUUCCAAAAGCAAUUUACUCAUGAAGAGGUGAGAGAAGAUUCUCCAAUAUUUAAUCAUAUUCCAGAACUGAUAAGGGAGGAGGAUAAUUUAAUACUUGCUGAACAGCCUACUAUGGAGGAAGUACAGAUGGCUGUAUUUGAGUUACAUGGGGAUAGUGCUUGUGGUCCUGAUGGAUUUUCUGGUAUAUUCUAUCAGAAGUGUUGGGAGGUGAUAAAGUUUGAUGUAUACAAGAUUGUUAAAGCUUUUUUUGAAGGACAUACUCUCCCCAAGUCAGUCACUCACACAAAUCUGGUUUUGCUGCCAAAGAAGACUGUGGUUGAGGCAUUUGCUGAUAUGAGACCUAUAAGCCUUAUCAACUUUAUCAAUAAGGUCAUUUCAAUAGUAGUUCAUGAUAGACUUGAUAAGCUACUUUCCAGGGUAAUCUCUCCAAAUCAAUCUGGUUUUGUUAAAGGAAGGAAUAUAAUUGAGAAUGUGUUAUUGACACAAGAAAUUGCUCAUGGUUUUGUUCAUUCUACAAGGGGUGUCAAACAAGGGGAUCCACUUUCUCCUGCCUUGUUCAUCAUUGCUGCAGAAGUCCUUUCAAGGGCACUAAACUCUUUGUUUGAUCAGCCUGGAUUUUCUUUACAAAUGAUCAUGGAUACUCUUAAGGAAUAUGAGAAAGUGUCUGGACAGCUGAUAAAUAAGGGGAAAAGUUCAUUUUAUAUGUUCAGCAAAGUAUCACAUGAGUUAAGCCAGCAGGUUGCAACAGCAACAGGAUUUGUGAGAGGUCAAUUUCCUUUUACAUAUCUUGGAGCACCAAUCACUCAUGCCAGGAAAAGGAAGGUGGAUUACACUACAUUAUUGAAGAAUGUCAAAGACAGGUUACAAACAUGGAAAGGCAAGCUGCUGUCUUAUGGAGGAAAAGCAGUGUUGAUUACAAGUGUGCUUCAAAGUAUUCCCAUUCAUGUGUUAUCUGCUAUAAGGCCUUCUAAAUGUGUUAUAAAGGAAUUACACAGAAUCUUUGCUAAAUUCUUUUGGAAUAAUAAGGAAGAAGGUAGAUGUAGACACUGGGCAGCUUGGAUUAACAUGUGCAUUCCCAAGAAUGAAGGAGGUUUGGGCUUCAGGUCUAUCUAUGACACAUCUAAAGCUUUAUGUGCUAAACUAUGGUGGAAGUUUAGAACCACUAGUUCUCUCUGGGCUAAUUUUCUAUGGAAUAAAUACUGUAAAAAACAAAUUCCUCAGGUGGUACAAUGGAAGGGAGGAUCCCAAGUCUGGAAGAUGAUGCUGGAAGCUAGGGAUAAUAUAGAACAGGAAAUCUGGUGGGAGCCUAAGAUUGGAAGUUCAAACAUUUGGUUUGAUAAUUGGACUAAACUAGGUGCUCUUAGUUAUGUGGUUCCACAGUCCUGGCAAAUCAAUGAGCAGACUGAAGAUGUUUCUGAAGUUAUGACAGAUGGAAGAUGGAAUAUCAGCAAACUCAUGCAGUUUUUUCCUGAAGAUAUUGUGCAGCAUAUAAUACAGGAAAUUGACAUUAAAUAUGCAUCAAAUGAAUGGGAUAGACCUUGGUGGAUGAUGAAAAGUUCAGGCAAAUUUACAUUUAAAGUCCCAAUUGAUGAGGUGGUGGCAAGUAUUGGCAUUCCUUUAGUUUCAAAGUGUUGUUGCUGUCAUAAUGCUCAGAUGGAGACAAUGAAUCAUCUAUUUAUGUGUGGAGAUUUGGCUACAAAGGUAAAACAUGCUAUAAGAAGUUGGUGGGAAGCAAAAUGCCACUUCAAAAUGAAAUCCAUAUUUAAAGCAGUGCCUGCUUUUGUUGUAUGGCAAAUAUGUAAGUGGAGAAACAAUAGGCUUCAUGGUGGUACAAUGAAUCUGAAUAGAGUGCUAUAUGAUAUAAACAUGAAUAUUCAUAUGUUGUGUAAAAUUCAGUUUCCUGGGCUGAAAAUUCCAACUACAUGGCAGCAUAUUGUUCAGUUCUUUGAAGAAUAUAAGCCUACUGUUAUAUGCAGACUUAUUAAAUGGAGGAGACCUGUAUUUGGUGUUUUCAAGUGUAAUACUGAUGGAGCUGCUAAAGGAAAUCCAGGUCCAAGUUAUGCAACUUUUUGUAUAAGAAAUGAUGUGGGAGACUUGGUGUAUGCAGCUGCAAAAACUUUGACAGAUGGAACAAAUAUUGUGGCUGAGGCUAAGGCUAUUAGGAUGGGAAUGAGGUAUUGUGUGGAAAAGCAGCUUUUCCCAUUGAUCAUAGAGACUGAUUCCAUGUCUAUGAAGAUGAUUUUAAAGGAAGAAUGGAAGGUCCCUUGGAGCAUCUCAAUGCUGGUGGAUGAUAUCAAGAAAAUGAUGGAGGAUCAAACAGUAGCUGUGGAGCAUAUACAUAGAGAAGGCAAUGGGCUGGCAGAUUUUUUAACUAACUUGGUUUUUGAUUUUGCAGGUACACUUCAGUUUCAUAGUUUUCAAGAAUUACCAAGUCAAGCCAAGAGGAUUCUGAAUAUAGACAAGAGAGAAAUCCCAAAUUUGAGAAUAAGAACCAUCCAAGAUAAAACACCAAACUGA